AUGGUUCUGAUUCUAGACGCAUGCGAGGCUCCAAUGACUACUAAACCUGAUCCUUCGAAAUUGCGAAUAUGGACAAACCGUUCCGGAUCGUGCAAUGUUCAAGCCCAGUUUCUUGGCAUGGAAGACAAGAUUCUUUUGCUCAAGUUAGGGGGUAUUAAGAUCAGAGUACCCCGGGAAAAACUGUCGUUUCAAGAUCUUGCAUACGUCGAGGACAUCAUCGACACAAAGCUCGACUCCGAGGACAAUACAGAUUCAGACAGCAUGCGAGCUGAGAAAAUCAUGCCUGACGCUGGCACACCUCUUCAUACUGCUCUUUCUGCACGCGUAAUCUCUCAGGGCUCCAGCACUCAGCGUGACGGCUGGUUCAUUAUUCAGGCGUUGUUGGAGGACGGUCAAACCUGGGAGCUGACAAGAUAUGACGAAGACUUUUACGACCUCCACAAGGGAGUCUUGGCUGAAUUUCCCAUCGAAUUGCGGCCCGGUUUGCUUCUUGACUUUACUAACUUUGAUGGAGCUCGUGAAAUCAAGCGGCUGCCCGAAAUAAAGGCGUAUUUGAAGGAUCUUUUGGGAAGACUACCUCAUAUCUCGACUUGCGUGUCGGUUGAGCGAUUCUUCGCGCCCAGGGACGGUGAUUUCGAGAUUGACCCGGUCGACUGGAGAGAGUCGUCUACAGAUGAAUUCUAUUAUCCACGGCCCUCCAUUGGAUCGGACUAA